AACUUCCCAUCCGUUUUCGAGAUGGCGUAGGGAAGAGGCGACGUAACGGGUUGGUGUUCUUGCGGAAAAUACUGCCAAAAGUUGAUAAAAUAGAGUGGUUUUAAUUUCGUUAUAUACGUUAAUUGAUGAACAAUUGGAGGUUUUACGAAGAUUCAAACUUUUGGUUGCAACAAAGUGUUGAAAAUGAUGUCCGAUGCCAGUGACAUGUUGGCAGCAGCCUUGGAGCAGAUGGAUGGAAUAAUAGCAGGUUCCAAGGCGAUGGACUAUUCCAAUGGGAUGUUUGACUGCCAGUCACCCACCUCUCCCUACAUGGGCAGCCUGCGGGCGCUGAACCUGCUGGAGGAUCUCCGGGGUGUUCUGGAGCUGAUGGAUACAGAGGAGAGGGAGGGGCUGCGAUGCCAGAUCCCCGAUGCCACCGCAGGCAGCCUGGUAGACUGGCUACAGCAGGGGCACCACAUGUCCAAUGGCCACCACAUGUCAAUGGGUGGUGACCUCUACCAGGAGAGACUGUCUCGGCUGGAGGGGGACAAGGAAUCCCUGGUGCUUCAGGUGAGUGUGUUGACAGAUCAGGUAGAGGCACAAGGAGAGAAGAUCAGGGACUUGGACAUGUGUCUGGAGGAACACCGGGAUAAACUGAAUGCCACUGAACAGAUGCUACAGCAGGAACUCCUGGGCAGAACAACUCUAGAGACUCAAAAACUGGACCUGAUGGCUGAGGUAUCCAACCUGAAACUGAAGCUGAACUCAUUUGAGAAGGACAGACAUCACUUUGACUUCAGGGAUAGUGAGGACAUGGUUCUGGAGAUUAAUGAACUGAGGUAUAGAGUGACAGAGAUGGAGAGUGAAAGGCUACAGUAUGAGAAGAAACUAAAAUCGACUAAGUCGCUAAUGGCCAAGCUUUCUAGCCUGAAAAUCAAAGUGGGCCAGAUGCAGUAUGAGAAACAGAGGAAGGAACACACACUGCAGGCAUUGAAGGAGGAACUGGCAGUUCUGAGGAGGGAGCUGGAGGAUCGGGAUGGAGAGCUGAGAAGGUUAAACCAGGAGACUGGCUUCAGAGCCAUCACCUCUGGUGGACUGGACAGCGGAGACAGAGUCUCUCACCCAGAUGAAACUCUUAAAAAGAGGCUGAAAGAGAAACAUGUGGAAGUGCAGAGAAUGAAAAAAGCGGUGGAGUCACUGAUGGCAGCCAAUGAGGAAAAGGACCGGAAGAUUGAAGAGCUGAGGCAGUCGUUGCUGCGCUACAAGAAGGUCCAGGACAUGGUGAUGUCAGUGCAAGGGAAUACAGAGAAAACCAAAGAUGGCGAGAGUGAUGAAAGUAACAGUGACAGCUCCCUCUCCAUGAUGUCAACGACGACCACUCCAGUUACUAUGGACUCAGAAAGGUGCAUGCUAGCUGGAGUCGAGGAAGUAGCUGGAAAGAGUCCAGAUGAGUUGGGAACACACUAUGGAGCUACUGAAAUGCCUUCGCCCACCCCCAGCCCUACAGUCUUGUCCCCCUGCCAUCCAGAACGGAGGCCAGAGUUGGACCAAGCUGAUCCUGACAGGGCCCUGGAUGUCCCCAAGUCAGGGAGUCAGGACAACAUCUAUAUCAGCAACAGCCAAAAGAUCACAUUGGUAAUUGACGAAAAGCCCACAGAGGAGAUCAGUACGAUCAGCCAGCACCCACCCACAUCUCUGUCUUUGUCUCGCCCGGCAAACACGGAGGAUGACAGCUUCGGUAACAAGAAGGCCCGCUCCUCCUUCGGCCGUGGCUUCUUCAAGAUCAAGGGGGGCAAGAGGACAGCAAGUACUCCUAACCUGGCUGAGACGGAGCAAACCACUGGCACUGACCAUCUGGACCUGGCCGGACUGCCCCAGAGAUCAGCCAACAGCCACAGCACCAACACGCUGACCAGUGUGACCUCCACCACCUCUCCAGAGGGCAAGAAGAAGUCCAAGGGCAUCAAGGCGCUCUUUGGAAAGCUUAGGAGAAGUCAGUCCACAACAUUCAACCUGGACGACAACCUAUCAGAGCCAGUGGAGUUCAAGAGAGGCGGAGUCCGAGCCACUGCAGGUCCCCGACUGGGCUGGUCCCGUGACCUACAGCGUUUACCCAACAAUGAGCUGGACGCCCCGUUUGCCCGCUGGUCAAAGGAGCAGGUGUGUGACUGGCUUCAGGAGCAGGGCCUGGGCAUCUAUCUGAACAUGGCCCGGCUGUGGAUCUCCUCUGGACAGACUCUGCUGCAGGCCUCCCAGCAGGACCUAGAGAGGGAGCUGGGUAUUAAACACCCGCUACAUAGGAAGAAGCUUCAGCUGGCCCUGCAAGCCCUGGGCUCUGAAGAGGAGGAUAACAAGAGCAAACUGGAUUACAACUGGGUGACCAGGUGGCUGGAUGAUAUUGGCCUGCCUCAGUACAAGACCCAGUUUGAUGAAGGGAGGGUGGACGGUCGCAUGCUACACUACAUGACCGUGGAUGACCUGCUGUCUCUGAAGGUUGGCAGUGUGCUCCACCACCUCAGCAUCAAGAGAGCCAUCCAGGUGCUGCGCCUCAACAACUACGAGCCCAACUGCCUGCGCCGGCGGCCCUCCGACGAGAACAACAUAACACCGGCAGAGAUCUCCCAGUGGACCAAUCACAGAGUGAUGGAGUGGCUGAGAUCUGUAGACCUGGCAGAAUACGCCCCCAACCUGAGAGGCAGUGGCGUGCAUGGGGGACUCAUGGUGUUGGAGCCUCGGUUCAAUGUGGAGACCAUGGCCCUGCUGCUGAACAUUCCUCCCAACAAGACCCUGCUGCGGCGACACCUGGCCACCCACUUCAACCUGCUGGUGGGCUCUGAGGCCCAGGGGCUCAAACAGGAGUGUCUAGAGAACCCUGACUAUACCUUGCUCACUGCCACAGCCAAGAUCAAGCCGAGGAAGAUGUCCUUUGGGAGCUUCGGCAACCUCAGGAAGAAGAGGCAGGAGGAGAAUGAGGAGUAUGUUUGCCCCAUGGAUGUGGAGAUGCCAAAGGGACGUAGCUUCCAGAAAGGCUACGAGCUUCAACUCUAUGAGGAUGACUUAGACCAGCUGGAGCAGAUGGAGGACUCUGAGGGAACUGUGAGGCAGAUCGGAGCCUUCUCUGAGGGUAUUCAAAACUUGACGAGCAUGCUAAAAGAUGAUGAAUUCUUCAAAGAGACCUCCAACUCGCCCAACCCAAGUGUAACAGAUGAGGAUUCCAACGUGUGACACUGACCACCACCAUGGGACUGUGUCCUAGUGUCAAUGUGAAUGAAGCAGGCUCCAGGAUUAAAAAACAAUCUGAAAUAAUUUAAAAUACUUCAAAUGUACGUGACUGUGCUUGCUUGUUGGAAUGGAAUGCAGUGGGAAUAGAAGUCAAGAGAAACCCAACUCCCCUCCAGGCAGACCGUAGAAGCCCGCAACAUGUUUGAAAGAGUUCAACUGUUAAAUAUUUGAAUCCCGACCUACCACCAGCACACACACAGGAAAUCACCAUGCCUCCAAUAACACUCAGAGCAAGCACCAACUAUUGUUUAGUAUUUUAGAUGAGGCAUAAUAACUACAAUUUUCAAAUAAAUUCAACAGACCAUGUUUGAUGUGAUGUGAACCAAUACCCAUCCACAGUUUUUCAAAGGUGCCACUCCAUAUUAACUGUCCUUUUUUACAGCAAUAUGCCAUACAGUAGUUUGCCUACCAGCUGGAUACUGGAGGCUAUUGCAAAGUAUAAUAUAUGUAAUUCUAAAGAAUAUGUUCUGCUUUUUAAUGGAGUUAUUGUCACAGGGAAAUAAGUGUUAUAUGCUGUCCAGAUUUGGUCUUGUUAAAUGAAUGCUCCAGAACAGCGGCUAUGGUUUAUAGCAGAAAAUACUAUUUUAGCUGCAACAUUUCUAUAUCAUUACAUAUUUCACUAUAUUUCAGACACUCCCAUUAAUUGUAGUACUUUAUACUUACAUCAGAACUGUAGAUGUUUUUUUGUAUUUUACAGUACACAGUUAAAUGUGUUUUUGUUUCAGUUUUCAGUGUCAUCCUUGGAUGUUGUUUUAGUCAUUCUUGUUGCAAACAUUUUUUACAUCUGGAAUAUGGCCUUUCAUUUUAUCAGCAUUUGUACUGAGAAGAAUAUUCAUAAAUAUAGCCAAAUAGCAUAGUUCUUUCAAGAAUUGCUGUUUGCCUGGGCAAGUCUGACUUUGUUCCCUUGACAACUUGAAUAGACAGGCCAAUCAGGUUUGGCGUGACAAUGAGUUUCAAGGAGUUUGCUAGACAUUAAUGUUCCUUGUGUCCAGCUAACGAUGCAGCAUGUUAAGAGAGUUGACAGGAAACAAUGUAAGAAUGUCUCAAAAGCAAAGACACCCCAACCACAAGUGAAGAACGUUUGUAAUGUGUACUGGGAGUUCUAGGGUUAAUAAAGUAAUUUAAACAACAGUA